GAAAAUUAAAUGUUGUUAGAAAUAACAUGAAAGUAACGCAUGCGUAUAACAUUCCAAAAAACAGUUCUAGGUCUGCGAUUUCUUCAAAAUCGGAAAUGUUAGAAUGAACGACAUUAAAUAGCACUAACCGUAUCCAUCCAGUCGGAAUCACGUGACUGUAUUGCGAAACCAAAAGUAACCAUAUUGAAUUGGGGGAAAACAAACUAUUCUUUCCUUAGCGAAGUUAAGACUUUUUUAGAAGCACUAUGUCCUUCAAUUACUUUGAAACUUUAUCAAAAGAAGCAGCGGAAAGGUAUCAGCGAAAAAUAAAUCUUCUAGGGUUAAGUAAAUGUCCAUACAAGUUUACAGCAGAUUCUUGGAGUGAAGAUCCAAGUCAGUGGCCUUCUUUAAGCUAUCACAAUCUUUAUCACUACUUGAUUAAAACUCCACGUAUCUAUUCUCCAGAAGCAAUGGAAAACUAUAAGGCAUUAGAGGCUUGGAAAUUCUUUCAAGAUGGGUGGGUCCAAACUAUUGUCCAUAUGAAAGUAUGUCAGAAUGUUACUAUCUUGAAAUGUAAAGUUCGACCUUCAUAUAGGAUCACAUCUCCUAACCAUAAACCUUGGGUUGCUCUCAACUCUCUUGGUAAUGUUUUAACUGCUCACUGUGACUGUAUGGCUGGUCUUGGUGAAACGUGCUCACAUGUUGCUGCAAUGCUAUAUAAAAUUGAAGCUGCUGUUCGUAUUGGAAUGACAUUAAGCACAUCAACUGACUUGCCUUGUCAAUGGAACCAAACAUUUAGGAAAAGUAUUGUUGGCUCCCCAGUUGCUCAAAUCAACUUAUAUUCUGAUGCUGCAAAAGAAAAACUUUCUAAAAAGAGUAAAAGAAAAAUGCCUAUUUCUCCAACACCUCAAGAAAAAAAUGAUUUUUUAUCAGAAAUACAAACUGUGCAGCCCAAAACUGCUGCUCUUCAUUUGUUUAAAGAUUAUGAUAAGGAGUUUAUUCAAAUAGAAUCUGCUGUCGUACCAAAAUUACCAACAUCUUUGAGAGAGUUUUUUAAUGAAAACUAUAAAUCACUUAAUAAUGAACAAAAGCUAUCUUAUCUUGAUGAGAAAAAAAAAAGAAAUAAAUUUGACUUCUGA